GCAGCCUGCUGGCCUUCUUCCUCCGCCAUCUCUCUCUCUCUUCUCUCUACCCGUCCGUCAUGGUGCGUCGACGGCGAAUACCCGUCCGGUUGGUCUUCGGCUUCUUGCUUCUGACGCGAAAGGAGGGAUGCGUCGGUUUCGUAGCCAACCUGGCGGCUCAACAGCACCCGCAGCAGCGACACCGUUCUUCCUCGUGCGGCCAAGAGGAUCAUCAUCGUGAGCACCAUGGAGCAGCGGCAGCUGCAACCGAAGCAGCAGCAGCAGUGACAGCAACAAGAACAGCAGCGCACAGAGCAAUUGCUUCAAGAACAGCACUAUACGCAACGGGGUUCGGCCCGCCGCCGCCUCCCCCAAGGAGAGCCAGCACACCCCACCCCAGCACUGGCGCCUACUACCCCAGCGACGACGACGAGGACAGCAGCAGCAGCGAACCACCGCCCGACGGGGAUGCCGGAGAGCCGUUCCCCAGGCUGGAAGACGCGAAGAAGGUGGAGGAGCCCCGAGGGAUCGGGACGCUGUUCGAAUCCGAGGACGAGUUGAUCCGCGAGCUGUCGAGCGAGGAGUACACAAACCUCCUGCGGGACUGGGCGCCGAUCGCGUCGUUCGCGUCCGUCGAGGCCAUCGACACCAAGGUUAAAGAGGAGGCGGCCUGCAUCCUGACGGUGCUGAGAGGCAUGGCGGAGUGGCAACCAAAGCGUAACGCGGACUACACGAAGCUAGGAUCCAAGUGGUCCUUCGGGGCACCGAUUGGGGCUAUCAAGGGUGGCCAGGUGGACGCCUUGGCAUGCCUUCAGGUGAGCGAGGACGAUGGGGUCGUCGUGGAGUGGAUCUGCGGCAACCCCGUCACCCUCGGCAUCCCGGGCAACGCCGUUGAGUGGCUCGCCAAGGGCAUCCACGCCCUCUGCGGGAAGAGGUUAGACCUCCCGGUGACGAUAUCGCCGAAGGCGAGGGGGGAAGGGAGCGGAGGAGGGCAAGGAGCGGCUGGCGGCGGCGGCGGCGGCGGCGGCGGCGGCGGUUAUGGUGGGAGAGGAGGAGGUGGUGGUGGAAAGGGCAAGGGGAAUAGCGGGGGCGGCGGCGGCGGCAAGAAAAAGAGUGGCUCAAAGAAACGCCGAUAGCUCUCGUGUAGUCCUAAUUCAUGAUUUUUCCAUCGGAGCGAGGUGGCGGAGGAGAGCAGAAGCAGGAAGACCAAGUUAAGCCGGUGAUGGCGGCAAUAGCCUAGAGUGGAGUGGCUGGGGACGGUAGAGACGAAGGAAUGGAAGAGCUUUGGAAAUAGCUGUGGAUAAUAAGAACCGCAGUUGCUCAAGAGAAACACCGACAGCAGUGACCCGAGGUCCUUCCUCCAAUGCCUGUGUGUAGAGUGUUAUGAGCUAUUUAGUGUCUUGCAUUCCGGAUGUUGAGCGUACAGCAGCAUGAGCUCUGUGGAGAAUUCGGUGCGGGUGGAGGUCCUGGAGCGAUGGCGCACAGGAACCAAUGAGAGCAGCUCCAUCGUAAGUUUUGGCGACGUGGCACAAGGAAGGGUGAUUUUCGUGUCGUGCCUCCGCCACCUUUGGGUGUGGGCAUUUCAAGUUUGGAGUACAAGCAGAUUACUCAUAGAAGAAGAUUCUUUCGUCUGACAAUAUUUCGAGUCGGCCCACGGUCAAGCACACCGUGUCCCCUUUAGCGUACCGUACCCCUACUGUAGGACAUGGAACACCCCGCGGCCUUGUGAUCGAAUCCCAUGUAUGUGUGUAAGCCUUGCAUGGGCAGGUCCAACUCUCCGCGCCGUCUUUCCACUACCGCCCGUUGUGUACAUGUUGGAUGAAUCUAAACAAACGUUUCGGUUGGCGUUCCAACUGUGUGUGUGUUGGAUGAUUCGCGUUGUGUUGGAUGAUGCUACUAAAUAUCGACAUGUAGGUUCGUUCACUUGUUUGCUGUCAGCUUAAGAGUAUGGCUCCUGUUCGCAGAGGUAUUGUCUUGUCUUGGUGGUAGUGCUCGUCCUACUUUCGCUGUUGAUUGGAUUUUCGUUGCCCCUUUUGCAUCGAAUCGAUGUUUGUCGGAUGCCAGAAUACACGUAAGAACCAACUGACUCAGGACAGGCGUU